GUGUCCAACCUGCAGCGGCCGACGAAGCAGAAGACGUGGAAGCAGCAGGAGCUGUUCACGCUGAAGGACAGGGAUUGCUGGGGCCACGAGCAGCUGGCACUCGGGGAGCCGCAGUUCAGGAGGGUCCUCCAGCAGGCGGCCUCGAAGAUGAAGUACGACAUCACCCUGGAGAACUUCCGCCUGGUGGGCUCGGAGGGGGCGAGCGCCGUGGACUCGUCCGCGUGCCUCCGGGUCGCGAGCAGACGAUUCCUGGACUUCAUCAAGAAGUGCGGGCGCGAGAAGCAGUACCUGCAGGCCUGCCGAGCCUCCGCGCUGGAGAAGCAGCUGAACGUCAGG